CGCUGUGCUGUGAAAAUAAAACAUGAUUUGCGACUGCGACUCCGACGUUCUAUCAUCCUAUAGAUUUCCCAUGUGGAAAGGCCCGCCACGCAUUAUCGGGUAAAACCAACAAACAGCCGCCUGUCCAUGGCUAGGGGAUGAGGGGAUGACGACGGUUGCGCGGCGAAGCGAAAGUAGGCGCAGCUGAGCUCCAACUGCGUUAAAAUCGCCGCUAGGCCAAGGUUUUGCGGCGCUUUCUUGUUGAGGUGUGCAACGGGCAACGUUUGGCAUUUAACUUACGUUUUAAAGCAACACACCACGAUAGAGGAUUUUUUACUUCGGCCUUCAAUUCGGUUUUUUGCGAGGAUAGUUUAUUGAAAGAGCUGUUUGCUGUUGUUUUUGGCUAUAGAGUGAUGAUAGGGAAGGAGAAGACGAAAGGGAAGGAAGAAGAUAUGUCGAAACGCACCUCUGACGGCGCGAAAGCCGCGAAGGUUAUCAAAACCGAAGAUGUAACCGACAAGCAAACCACCCUCCUCAGCGAAGAAACCGGCCACUUCAGCCUCAUCCGCGCCCUGCACCUCGCCGAUCUAAUCACCGAGCUCAACGGCCUCUGCGGCGUCAUGUCCAUCUUCUCCUCCAUGCGCUACAUGGCCGGUUCGCCGGGCGAGCUGGGGAAUCUAUGGGCUGCGCUGGCGUUGAUGCCGCUGGGGCUAUUUUUCGACUUCUUUGAUGGGAAGGUCGCGAGGUGGAGAAGGAAGAGCAGUUUGAUGGGGCAGGAGCUGGAUUCGUUGGCUGAUUUGAUAUCCUUCGGCGUCUCCCCCGCCGCCGCCGCCUUCGCAAUCGGCUUCCGCACCCCCCUCGACCACCUCAUCCUCGCCUUCUUCGUCCUCUGCGGCCUCACGCGCCUUGCGCGCUUCAACGUCACCGUUGCCAACGUGCCCAAGGACGCAACUGGCAAAUCGCAGUACUUCGAGGGCACGCCGAUCCCGACGACCUUGUCGAUUGCCGGGUUGAUGGCGUACUGGGUGGGCCAGGGGUGGGUGCAUGGGGAACUGCCGUUUGGGACGGUGCUGGAGGGGACGGUGGCGGAGUUUCAUCCCGUGUUGGGGCUGUUUGUGGUUAGUGGGUGCUUGAUGACGAGUAAGUCUAUACAUCUCCCGAAGCCGUAGAUGGGGGAUGGGAGGUGCUGGGGGGGGGUUGGUGGGCUUUUUAACAAGGCCGUAUAUCAUGCAUGCGUGUGUGGUGUAUUUGACUUCCAUGGGGGGUCUCAUGAGAAAGCCGGUUGGAGAGCAAUAAAUACAUUAGGAGCGGCGGUUAUGGACUGGAAUAUAUGAAAUGAUUGAUAAAGCA